ACCACAAAAAUAUUCUAUAAGUAUUUCCAGUGUUCAUUGCAUUCUGUGUUUCACAGUAAGCUUGAACUACACAGUCAUUAACCCUUUACACCCAACAUCAGUAUGCAUAUUCUCCUCCAUACUGUUCUCUACAAAUUUCCUAAGGUGCCGACAAGGAGAAUUUGUGUAACAAUCAAAGAAUUCUUUAGUUGAUGAUCAUUGCCUUUAUGUUUGGGACUGACAUGUUUGAUUCAGGGCUGAUAUUGCAAAGAGAAAUUAAAUGCUUAGACUCACUCUCAGUGGUUAAAGGGUUAAAGCAGGUAGGAGUGAAGUCACUUCCAGUUAAUAUCCUUGUACCUGCCAGUAUGAAUAAUACUCAUGGUAGGUCAAAGGUGACAAAAUUAAAGGAGGAAUCUGGAAUCUUUUAAAAAACUUUAUCUGGAGUAAUGUGAUAUAUGAAAAAGAUUAUUGCAAGUACUAGCCUUUUAUGGAAACUGUCUAGUAAUCAUUCCAAUGGUAUAGUGUACACACUUAUUAGGAUUUUGAUAAGCCACAUUGUAAUUAAUUUAAGUUGUAAUAGGCCAUUUCUGAAUUACGUUUGGCCUCUUUUUCAAAACAAGGCCUGGUGCUCAACCUCUUUUGUUGUGAAAAUGAGUUUAAUUUGCAUAUGAAUGAAAACUUUAUAUCAUUUCAAAGGAUGAACACAAGGAGUCACUUUGAAAAAGAGGCCAAAGGUAAUUUGGAAAUGGGCAAUUGUUGGUUGACUGUUUUCAAAGUGAUAAAUUCACAUUGAAAAUAUUAUUCGCUCAGCAUCUGAUGUCAUUCCCAUUUUUCAUUUGCUUUUAAAAAUGAAGUGCCGGGAAAUCAUUGUUUUUUUUCUUUUAGGAGUGUGCCACUUUUAAAAUGGCAUCCUGUUUUCGGUCAUCAGAAGAAAAUGACUUUUCAUACACGUCACAAAAGAUCUUACAAGUUACAAUUUUGGCGUCAGAGUGGGGAUCAAGCAAAGGAGGACUUUCCACCAUUAACAGGGAAUUGGCCAUAGAACUUGCUAAAUGGCCAGAGGUUCAAAUUACUCUGUUUAUGCCACAAUGCAGCGAAGAGGACAAGCAAGCAGCCCUUGACCACAAAAUUAGAAUUGUGAAAGCAGAAAGGCGGCCUGGAUAUGAUGAGCUUGAAUGGCUGAGCUUCCCACCAGAUCACUUGAAAGUUGAUGUGAUUGUUGGACAUGGUGUUAAGCUUGGUCGUCAGGCACAAGUUAUCAGGAAGUUGCAUAACUGUAAGUGGGUUCAGGUCGUUCACACCGACCCAGAGGAACUGGGCAUGUUUAAGUCCUACCAAAACCCAAUUUCAACGGGUGAGAAGAAGCACAAAGCAGAGGUUGAACUUUGUGAAAUGGCUGACUUUGUUGUGGGAGUUGGACCAAAACUUAGCGAGGCCUUCCGUUCAUAUCUUCGCUGGUGCAAGAAAGAUCAAACUAUCCUUGACAUCACUCCUGGUGUUUUUCAUGAAUUUGUGAAUAUUGAACACGCUGCCAACGAGAGGGAGUGGUGCAGUGUUCUAGUGUUUGGUCGUGGGGAUGCCGAAGACUUUCAAUUAAAAGGAUUCGACAUCGCAGGCAGUGCUGUCGCCGAGUUAGACAACGCCCGUCUUAUUUUCGUUGGAGCGCCUGAAGGAAAGCACGAAGAGAUAAAAGAACGUUUCGAAAAGUGUGGUGUUCCUAAAAGCCGCCUGAAGAUAAGAAGCUUCCUUGAUUGCCGAGAGAGCUUGAGAAAAUUGUUCUAUGAAGUUGACCUUACACUGAUGCCUUCGAGAACAGAAGGGUUUGGGUUAACUGGUCUAGAAGCAUUGUCGGCUGGAGUGCCUGUGUUGGUCAGUAGUAACUCUGGAUUUGGAAAAGCCCUAAGUCAAACACCAUAUCGCUCACCAUUUGGCUCAUCAUUUGUGAUAAAUUCGGAGGAUCCCAAGGUAUGGGCUGCAGAGAUGAAAAACAUCUGGACUAAAGACAGGCAGCAGCGACUUCAGGAGGCUAAAGUUUUACGUACUUGCUACGAGAGCAAAUACAGCUGGUCCAAUCAAUGUAAAUUCCUUGUUGACAAGAUGGUCAGAAUGUGUCAUGAUGCUUCUGGAACGGCAUCGUCUCAUUCUGCUGUCUCUGCCACUCUUCAAGCUACUCAAACGAUGGACUUAACAAGUGAAAAACUCCACACAGAACACUGUGGGUAUGAAGGCCAAGCAAAUGUGAUUUCAGGAACGUUUCAUAGCAAGGUGCCUGUUGAGAUCUCCUGUUUCGAGUCAGACAUCACAUUUUUUGCCAAACGACAUGAUCCAGAUACGAGACAGUGGUUCUUUGAUGACUUCAACGCCUGGUUCCGUGAUCCUGGAGACUCUCGAGCUUAUGUUCUACUUGGCGACCCAGGAGUCGGUAAAAGUGUUAUAGCCGGAGCCCUGGCAAAGCGAAUGAGAGAUACUAGACAGUUGGGUGCAGCAUACUUUUGCCGUCAUAACGAUGGUACCAGAAACGACCCCAGGAAUCUCCUUGGAACUGUUGCCCAUCAAUUGUGCGCUUGUAAUGAUAAGUAUAAAGAAAUCGUAGGGGGAGAAGAUGGGGUUAAAAUGCUGUUAGAUAAUUCUAAACUCGGUGUAAGGGAAUUGUUUACUAAACUAUUACAUGAGCCAUUAAGUAUUUGUAGGCCACGUCAUCAGAAAGUGUUAGUCAUUAUUGACGCCUUAGAUGAGACACAAUACGAUUCCAGGGAAGCUUUUCUUGAUCUUAUUAAGCACCGUUUCCCCCUGCUGCCCGAAUGGCUUGUGUUCUUUAUCACCAGUCGUCCCGAGGAUUCUGUUCAAUCAAGAUUGAAGAGAUACAACCCCUGUAUAAACAUUUGUGCCGGUAACAGCAACCAUGAGCAGAACUUUUAUCAGCAGCAUGAGCAAGAUAUCCAAAACUUUUUGAAAAAGAGAAUUGAUUUCUCUUGUGUUAGUAUCUCGGUUGACGAUGUGUCCCAAAAAUGUGACGGAUUGUUCUUGUACGCAUAUUACAUCGUGGAAGAAUUAAAAGAUGCUCUUGAUUCUGCUAAAAAAAUUAGUAAUUUAAACGAUCUUUUCCCGGGAGACAUUGAAGAAUUCUUUCUGCAGAAUGUUCGCCGCGUCUAUGACCACGUGGGAGAGAAUGUCUUCAAGAAGCUCUUUGGUUGUGCCAUCGUAGCCCCAUCUCCGCUUCCUGUCUCGGUUAUUUCCUUCAUCCUAAACAAGGAAAACUCAAAUCAUGAUGAGCAACAAGUGAUCGAUGCUGUAUCGCAAUUUUUGGUGUUACGAACUCCUGAUCAGACAUUAACUUUCCUGCACAAUCUAGUUCCCGCCUGGUUGACAAACGACACAAAGGCUCCACGCGAAUUAUUCAUUUGUAAGAAGAUAGCAGGUGGGUAUCUUAGAGAAGUUGUAGUUGAGAUCCUCUCUUCAAUUGGCCAAGAAUCACCAUCACCAUGCACAUCCAUUGACGUUAAGUUGGAGGACUAUGUGAUGCGCGUCGCGGUUCGCUUCUUGUGUCACUUUGGAGGAAAAGAUUGGCUGGAGCUUGUGUUUACAUGUUUAACAAAUUAUCAUUUAUUAGAGAGAAGAUUGCUCUCUGGAAAAACUGAGAUAUAUCAUCUGCUUCAUGAUUUAAAGCUUAUCAGUGGCUGCCUGGAUGUCGAUGAUAAAAAGAAACAAGAUCUCCUUCAAGAGAUUACGCGGGUACUGUCAGUAAAUGCCUUUGUUCUUUCUGAAUGCCCGCAACUUUUGCACUCCUGUUUACGAACGGCUUCCAAUGCCGUUCAAGAAACGUUUCUGCUUUACAAAUUGCCAGUCCCUUGUUUAGAAUGCACGGUUUUUGCUUUCCCAGACCCUGCAAUCGCUGAUAUGCAUUGUUUUGCCACAUCAUCUGAUAAGAUAACAAUUGUUGGGGCCAAGAAUCGGAGACUUCUGUUUUUUGAUACAUACAGUGCACAAAGAGAAAAUGGCCCUUUUGAGAUAAGCGAGAAGAUCAUUCAUACUAUCAGUCACUUGGAGUAUUCUCGUGACAACGAGUUCAUUUUUUUAGGUCGGCUUGACAAGUGGUUUUCUGUUGAGCGAAAAUGCGUGGAGGAUUUUCUUCAGUUUAAGUGGAAUGCAACGGUUUACCAGUUGGGCUUUCUUACUCGUGAUGGAGAGUCCAUUGUGGUGAAACGAAACAUGGAGAAUCUUUCAUGCAAUAGGUCAGGAAAUACUUGUCUUUGCAACUUACUUGCACUGUGGGCUGUGAAGGAGAUUGAAGAGAGCCGUGAUGUGGUUAUGAGUCUUCAUAAGGAAUUAGUGGGCGUGGGACCAAUUAAAUGCCUGCUUAAUUGUCUCUCAUUGAAAACAAACCUAGCCGAGCCUGAGGUGAAGUCAACAUAUAUUCCAAGUGUGUGCCGUUUUUGUUAUAGAUUAAGUUCACUUACAGACAAAGGGUACCAAGAGGCGUCCCUGACAGCAAUUCGUCAAAAAAUCAUCGAGAUUUACCCAUUUAUUUUCCGAUGGCAGGUUUGGGAUCUUAAGACUGGUAGGCCUGGGUUGGAACGUGCGUUUGUGCGAGAUGUUCAGUUAGAGCCGUUUACUUACAUCUGUCAUGUGUCGUAUUUUGUUAACAGAUGGGCAAUGGAAAUAGCGUGCUCCAAUUUUUCCAUUUGUAACAUUGCCAUAAUAACAGCUAUUCGAUACCUAGAGGACGGUUUGAGCCUCAAACUUCGGUGGGAACCGCCGGAGGAGUUGAAGCCAGCAAAGAUUCCACACCUCACGGCGGAACGUACUGUCAAAGUGGAGGAGUUAUUAGAGAAUCUGCUGGAGAGAGACAUGGUUCUGGGAUUGACUGAAGAGCUAAAGCGGAGAGUGAACCAUAACUUAGAAAGUGAAUUGAAACGACUCAAGAAGGAGGAGGAGGAAGAUUCAGGGGAGCUAGAGAAUGAGCCACAGAGGUUACUCCAAAGAAGGCAAGAGCUGAAGUUAAACGUAAACAGAGACAAGAGGAGGAGAGAUACAGGGAACUACCUGAAACAGAGAGACCUGGAGCAAAAAAGAAAGCAAAAACUAGAGGAUGAGCUAGAGAAACAAGUACAGAUGCUGGAGAGAAAGCUAGAAGCCGAAAUUGAACUUGAACACAAUACGAUGGGUGAGAUAGUUUCCCAACUAGAGUUGAAGUGGGUACUGAAACUUGAUGUGGUGUAUACACGAGAAUGUAUGGCGCAGCUGGAGGAUAAACUGAGCUUGGAGGUGAAGGACUUGGAACCAAAGUUAAGGGAAGAGCUAAAGUUACUUGAAGGAAAGUGCGAGGUGGAGCAUGAAUUGGUUGGGAGAAAGCGGGGUCUGGAAAUCGAUCAACAGGAGUUGAAGCUAAAACAAGGGCUGAAGUUGCCAGUUAAACGAGUACAUGAAUUGCAGAAUAAGUUAGCUUGUUUAGAAGAACUAAAGCGGAUGCUGGAGAGACGCCGAAGACAGGAGCCUGAUCCUGGGGAGUUGAAUUUGAUACAGAAGCUGAAGUUCCUACUUGAACGAGAGCGUGGGUCACGACACGAAAUUGAUGUAAUGGAGUUCAGAGAUUAUCAAGUGCUGAAGUUUGUACUCGAGCAGGAACGUAGGUGGGAGAAAGAGAUGGAGGAGAGUGAAAAGGGCCAAUUUAUUUUCCCAAUUAAAUGCGAGCGUGAGUUCGAGAAUGAGAUAGGAGACAAACCUACAAAAGAAGAGAAGCUGAAGGGAUGGCUGGCAGACAUCCGGAUGCGGUGGAACUGUCAUGAACGUGGGCGUGAGCUGACAAGUACAGAAUUGGAUUGGGUGAGACUCCGAUUCCACAAACUCCAACAGCUUGAGGUAAUCCAAACAGCUGAGGAGGAGCUUCAGAGCCUUCUGCAAAAAAUACCACAACUUACUUCUGGUAUUUCGACGCCGCUUUUCUCUGUUAGUGAACAAAGUGAAAUGGAGAAAUUUCGCUCUGCGAUGAGUGAGCUGGAUGAGGCGAAGAAAAGGUUCGAGACACUAAAAGGGAGGAAGCGAAAGCUUACGCAUGAUGUGGAGAUAAAGCUAAAUAAAGAGAGAGACCAUGAGGUCAAAGAUGCGCAAUGUUGGACAGCAUGGGUGGAAAAUGAGCUUGUGCUCAAAGGUAGAGAGAACUUGAUGAAGAAAUACCGCUGGCUUAGGGUGAAUCUCCUGACAAGAAAACUUAGUGACCAGUUGGAAAAAGAGCUUUAUCGAGGAGUAUGGGAGUCGUAUUUGAGAGCACUGAAGGAAGAAAAUAUGAAGAUGGACCCUUACUUGGUAAAAGAGUUCCAACACGGAUCAAUUAAGUGUGAGAAUUACGCGAACUUCCUAGAAGCGAUUCACGAUGUCGAGACUAUAGUGAACGAAGAUGUUCUCAUUUGCCAUUCACCAGGAGGAAAAUGGGUGCUAGAGGCCGAUGGUUUUCGAAACAAACAUGUUUUGCGAAAAAGCAAUCGAGAGCUCUCGUGUGACCAUGCUACGCCGCAACGUGAUAUUGGUAACGUCGCGCGCUUCUCAUUCACAAAAGAUGACUCCUAUUUGGUUUAUUUGACCGAUAAUGGUUUGUUACACGCUUUGUCCCUCGAGACAGGUACAGUUUUGACCAGUAUAUCCAACAAUAACAUUAUUUAUUUCACAGGACAAUACGAGUGUGGCUAUUUGUUUCGCAGCGAUACAGAAGAGAGAGCCAUACUUUUUUCGAAUCUAUUUAGCCCUUUCAAGUUUAUUCCGGCAUCACCAGUAGAGUUGCCUGUGGUGGAAAAAGCGAUCGCAGCAGCGUUUUGCUCAGCUAAUACAGUUUUAGCUGUUGGUUCUGAUUUGAUGGUUUCCUUUUGGAAGACCGCUGAAGUUAAAGAUGGCCUUAGCUUCAUUUGCAAGUCUCUUCUCGACACAUCUGACUCACAAGUGAAGAAUUGCGCGCUUUCUCCAGACGGAAGGCAUAUUGCCAUUCACCACAGAAACAAGUUGAUGCUAUAUACCUUUACAGAUUUUAGACGUAAGAAGACUUGCAAAGUAUUCACAGAAGAAUUUGGUUACACGAUCUCGUCCUUUACAUUUUCAGGCGACAGUGCCUCACUUCUCUUUUGUAUCCAGGAUUCGCAAAGCUUUACGCGUGGCGAUGUGUGGGACAUUGUGGGGCAGUUCAUUUCGGGUAGUGUGAAGUCACAGAAAUUGGUCGUUGUUGAAUGUUGUUGCCUUUCGUCUGGCAAACAAGAGGUUAUACUGUGCGGUAAGUAUCUGAUUGAGAUCUGGAAAUAUGGUGAAAGCUCUUGUCACUUAUCGACAACACUCCAUGUGGAGGAGAUGUACCACUCCCUUAGGUUCAGUCAAUGUAUUGUCUCGUCAGACAACCAGCUCCUUAUCUGCUGCAUCGCGAACAUGAUUCUUGUCUAUCGUCGAAAUGUAUCAGAUGUCAACUUCUCUAAGAGAGUCCUCCAAGGCCAUCUUGGUAAAAUAGAGUUUUGUCGGUUUCUUAAGGAAAAUCGUUAUCUAAUUUCCUAUGGUAUCGAUGGCAUGGUUUUCUUCUGGGAUACAAUCGAGUGUAAAGCGAUUGGAUUCAAAAAGAUUCCACUGGACACCGUCGUAUGUAUGGCAUUGUCCCCGGAUGAAGAAAAAAUUGUUUGCUAUUCGUCCACCAAUUUGAUAUGCAUAGUGAAACUCUGCGAACUGAAAAGUCCUUCUCAAUAGCGGAUAUGACUUGAUCGAGUGGUUCAGGGCCUAUUUUUCGGAAUAAUGAAGAAAUAGUUGCUCGAAACAUCGAAACCAGCAUCAACUUGCUUUCACUUAUGCCAUCAUCCACUGAUCCGUGAAAUCCGUGAGAUAGGGUUUCGUGACUGUAUUAAUUUUUUAAUUCCAGUUACGAAACUUAUAGCAAUAGAGAACUAAUGAAACAAUUAGUCUUUGUUUGAGCGAAGUUGGUCCACCAUGUUCAAAGUAAGGAUGACUUAAGGGGUUUCCUUUGAACGUCUGCGCAAAUUUAGUGCUUGAACAAGAAAAGUAAAAAAUUUUUGAUAAUUCUUGUUUUCCGACAUAAAAAAGUAUGUGCCGACUAUCCUUGCUGUUGUAAAGAAGAACAUUGUGGAACCCUUCUGAGCGAUGUUUCAUGAUUCUACAAUUUCGCACAACUUCCAGAACGCUGCGAUAACCUUUUUACUAUGUCACUUAAGUCAUUAAGGUUAUAAUGAUCUUUUCAAUUAACUGUUCAUAGGUUCAUAGGGUAACAUCCAGUAAACUCCCAAAGAGAGCCCACGAAAUUAUAGAGACAGCGCUACUAUUUACCGUUCGUAAAUAUAUACACAAAAGAUCUUGUCACAAAAAAAUUAGAAAUCCAACAGAAAUACUACAACAAUUGAAAGGUUCAGCAACACGCAAAGAACACAUUCUUGAAAGGCAGCUCGAUAUCACUGGUGAAAAGUUUAAAGUAAAUUUCUCCUGGACUCGAGUUUGGUCUUAAAACACCUAACGGCACAUAGGUUGUUCCAAGUUUUUAUAGACCUACAACGACGUUUUUCAGGUUAACCAUAUAAAUGUAGUGUCUCUACCAAUAGGAUGUAGUUCCCUUCGAGAGAGUUAAGGGUUUAAUUUUGCUAGUUCGAGUUGGCUAUAUAAACGUACGAGAACAGUUCCCAAAAGGGUAUUGUAUUAUCCAAUUUAUAUUAUCAACAAGAUGUUGGAAAACGUUUCUAAAGAUGAUUUUACAAUAUUAAAUAAGCCGAAAAAGGUUAAGAGUUUGUAGAUAUUAUUUUUCAAUAUCUUAAUCAAGUUCAUUACAAUAUUACGCCCUUGUAAAAGAAAUUAAACGAACAGAUAAAAUAAAGUAUGUGAUGUAUUGGAAACAUGAUGCUAAAUACCGAAGCGUGAUAUAAUGCAUUUCCAGAGUUUUCAUUGGCCGAGUCAAAUUGACUUAUGCGCCGGUGGAUCGAAUCUGAACCAGAAGGCCCUUGUACUAUAAUUUGUGCUGUAUUCCGGUCUCAAAGUUCUUUCAAUUACGCGGGUUGGUUGCGUGAUGGUAGAUAGCUAGAUGGGAGAUUGAGCUUCGCGGGUAUAUACCAUCACAAAACCAGCGAGCGUAAGUAAAGUAAGGUAACUUCCCAGGUAGUCUGCUCGAGACGGUUUAUAUGCGAGAUAAAUUUUCCGUUGUACAACCAUUUACUACCAAAUUGGGAUUAUUUUUAUCAAAAAAAGUGUUCUGGAAUAGUAUUCGUUAGGUCUAGAGAGGAGUGAAAUAAAUUUGUAGUACCUCAAGUUUUGAUAAAAGAUGUGCAUGUCCAGCUCGUGUGGCGUAAUUUGUUUCUUCAUUGGAGUCUUACCUGAGCGGUUUUGGAAAGUCUGCUUACAUAAUAGCAAUGAAACAAAUGUGUUCGAAGAUAAUAUUACGACAUGCGUUAACUAUGGACUUAAAUAGUCUUAAUUUUAUAUACUUUUUUAUACAUUAUGUACUUUAUGACGAAGUGCUUUCGUAGGACAAGCAUACUAUUCAAUUUCCUUGUUACUGGAUUAAUAUA